AUCAGCAUUGUACUGGCUGGUGGAGCAGAUACCAAAAAAAAAGAAGUUGUCAGUUUCGUCUAACCUCCACCUCGGCAGGCAGCUUAAGUGCAGGGGGUUCUUGUUGCGCUUAGUUAAGCUCAAGCAAGUCUGUUUUUGGCGGGGGAUACUACUGAGCUCGAAAACUGCAUUGACGCUCCCCAAGGAGCCGCUGACCGCGGAGUUCGCCAGCUGAAGCUAACCACGGCCGUGGAAAAGUUAUUGUUGGGCAUCCCGCGGGGUUUAAAGUUCAGCUAACAGUAGCGUCACUGCCUACUAGCAGGUAGUUAGCUCCGAAUCCCAACCGGUUAAUUCGGUAACAAUGGCCGCUGUGUGCCAGCCACGACGUGCCUUGGUGGAAAUACCUGCUCCUCAGCCAAAAAUUGCAGCUCGGAUUAGGAGGUCCUACUUAGAAAUUCUAAGUGCUCGUUUGGCUCCAUCGCCGAUUCCCAGGGGGAGAAAUACAGCUACAAACACGAGGCGUGUGCAGUCCUUGGACUUGCCCAUUGGUGGCGUGUGGAGUGGGAGAAUAGAAGAGCAGUGUGAGAAGAUAGACGAGCAUCAUACCCCACUCUCCAAACAGCAACUUGUACAGUUAAUCAGGUCCCUUAUCUUAGUUGAACAGAGCCAAGAGCACCGGAUCCUGGCCUCAGACUUGAAGUAUCUCCAGGAGGACUUGCAACUAAAGAAAGCAAAUGUUUACAGGUCCAUACCCUACUCACGGUUUGGCUCCAAUAGGGAUGCUCACUGCUACAGAAAGGCAUAUCCUCACAUGGUGGCAUUCAAAGUUUCGUGUCAGGAGUGGGGCCAAGUUCUUCUGAGGAACAAAGAGUGGGACGCUGUUCUGGAGCACACACUGAUGGCAUGGCGCUACACCAGUGAGUUGCCACAGUGGGAUACAGCGAACCAUAACGCUCUGCGAGAACAGUGUUACAGCAUUCUGGCAGCUCACAGCCUCACUGCUCUCCAGCACCACCACCCUGAACCCAACAGAGUACGCGAGCUGCUCAGAAGGUUGAAGACGGCUCAGCUGCACAGCCAAUCAAUUGUGCCCUGUAUUCAGGAGUUGCAGAGGAUUAUGGGAUGUGCAGAUGACUCCUCCAUGGAUACAAAAUAACUUGAUAAACACUAUCCAACCAAAUGCCUAUACCCAAGUGAAAAGUGUGCUUUGCAGAUGACCUAAAUGAUUUAUCUGUGAUAAAGGGCCAAAAAAACAUUUUCCACCGAUCAGCCAAAACAUUAAAACCACCUGCCAAAUAUCAUGUGGGUCCCCCUUGUGCCACCAAAUAGCUCUGACCAGUCAAGGCAUAGACUCCACAAGACCUCUGACGGUGUCUUGUGGUAUCAGGCACCGAGAUCCUUUGAGUCAGUGUCAGAUCCUUUAAGUCCUAGUAAGUUGCCAGGUGGGGCCUCCAUUGAUCUGACUUGUUUUUCCAGCGCAUCCCUCCAUCAGACUGAGAUCUGGGGAAAUUGGAGGCCAAGUCAACAGUCUGAACUCUGUCAUGUCCCUCAAACCAUUUGUUAACAACUUUUACAAUGUGUUAGGGGGUAUUAUCCUGCUGAAAGGGGGGCACUGUCAUCGGGGAAUACUGUUGCCAUGAAGAGGAAAAAAGGUUUUCAUCAGUCUGGGCUAAAGUAGCUCUCCUGUUGGAAUGGACCACACCGGACAGCCUUCACUCCCCACACAUAUCGGUGAGCCUUGUGCGCCCCCUCACCCUAUUGCCGGUUCACUGGAUGUCCUUCCAUGGACCAUUUCUGGUAGGCACUGACCACUGCAUACCGGGAACAGCCCCACAAGACCUGUUGCUUUGGAGGUGCUCUGACCCACUCGUCUAGCCAUUACAGUUUGGCCCAUGUCAAAGUCACUCAGAUCCUUACGCUUGCUCAUUUUUCAUGCUGUCAACACAUCAACUUCAAGAACUGACUGUUCACUUGCUGCCUGAUAUAGCCCAGAUCUUGACGGGUGCCAUUGUAAAGAGAGAGUCAGUGUUAUUCACGUCAAAUGUCACUGGUUUUGACGUUGUGGCUGAUUGGUGUACAUGGUACAUGUUUGUAAUACCACUACAGUAUUCUUCCAAAGGGCAGGGUAGCAACUUAAAAUGUGAUAAAUGCCAGACAAUGCAGGUUUAAAAAGACAUAAAACCACUUUCUGAUUGUUAAAAAUGCAAUAAAACCUCUCAUUCAAUCAGAUUGCAUUUUUACAUCAACUGGAAAGAGUAAAUGUUAGGAGAAGUUUUUGUUUCAUCACUUGUCAUAAUGUAAUCAUUCCUGGUUAAUGUAACAUUACAUUCUAGGUCCCUAAUGGCCUUGUGACAAAAGCAAGUUUUCAUUUUAGAUGAGCAUUUGCAUUGUGAGAAAUGUUAUUCAGUUCAGUAUAAUUAAAAUGUUUGUAUAUUUUUAGGAAUUUAUGGGAUUACUUUUGUACUGACCACUGAAAUGUAAAAAGUAUAAAAUGGACUUUCUUGUUGCAUUAUAUGGGUGUGUAAAUAUGUCCUUAAUGUUCACAAAACUUGAAACCGUGGCCCUUGCCAUCUUUGUAGUUAAGCUGUGUAUGUAUGUCUUCUUUAUAGAGAACUGUUUGUCACUGAUUGCACUGUUGUGGUUUGUCCUGAAAACUUGAACAUUUUUUGAUAAAAUAGACCCCUAAUUUAAAUAAAGUCCCCACUUUAUACUGCAA